GGGAUAAAUCAGGAUUGUGACUGAUCCCAACUUAAAGGAUUAUAAUGAAGCUUUGAGUCCGGAGCCGCGCUGCCCUCACUGGUGCACCAUGGACUCUGGGAGAAAACUCAGGUUUUAUAUUCAAUUACUGCAAUGAUUUGUGUUCUGAGAGAUCUCUAAUCAUGGCCUCUGUUGCCAAAUCGCUUUUGGGGGGCCCCGUGAAGAGUAUGUCAUGCUGCAUAUCUAGUGGCCCCCCCCAGGAACGGUGGCCCCAGCCAGAGCCCAAAGUAAAUAUGAUGAGACGAUGGAGCUCAGAGGAGCAGCACCGCAGAGUAUUACAGCCAGGCAGGAGGAGGGAUUCUUUGUACUCCCAGCAGAAGGCAGAGAGGGCGCUGAUGAGGCAGCACUUCAGGGAGAAAUAUCAUCUGGCUGCAAACGUCCAGGACCAGGAGCAGGUGAAGGCUGGAGACCAUGUCCGCCUCUCCCGGAAUCUGCGCGCCGUAGUGCGACAGGAGGAGGACAACUCUGAGGACUUCUCCAUCACUGAUCUCCUGGCCAACCUGAGGAAAAGUGCCCAAACUACAGUGGAGCCAGGGGCCCGAUGCCUGGUCAUGUGACACUACAGGGGGCAAGAAUACAUACUAGGGGACCGAGGAGGGCAAAUGUCACAAGAAUCACAUCAUAAACAAGGAGCUCCAGCACUGCUCAUCCUGCUCCUCCUGGUUCUUCUAGACUGUAAACCCCUUUCUAUAUCAGAAGGAGCUCCGGCACUGCUCAUCCUGCUCCUCCUGGUUCUUCUAGACUGUUAACCCCUAUCUAUAUCAGAAGGAGCUCCAGCACUGCUCAUCCUGCUUCUCCCGGUUACUGUAGA